AUGGCUCCAGAAUUUAAGCCGUUGAAGAACGAUUUGAUACUGAGGGCCGCUCGCGGCGAAAAAGUCGAGAAGGCCCCGGCAUGGGUGAUGAGGCAAGCUGGGCGGUAUCUGCCCGAGUAUCAUGAAGCAAAGGGCACCCACGACUUCUUCGAGUGCUGCCGGGAUGCCGAGAUUGCAUCAACCAUCACGCUCCAGCCGAUUGAUCGGUACGCGGGAAUCAUCGACGCGGCCAUCAUCUUCAGUGACAUUCUCGUCAUUCCCCAGGCGAUGGGGAUGGAAGUGGUGAUGGUCGACAAGAAAGGGCCGCAUUUCCCCAAUCCGCUCUCCAGUCCCCAGGACCCGCAGUAUGCCGAGGUUCUCCAGCGCGAUGUCGAUGUCAAGGAGAGCUUGGAUUAUGUGUACAGAGCGAUCACGCUGACCAGGCAGAAGCUGGAAGGCAGGGUGCCGCUGAUUGGUUUCUGUGGUGCUCCUUGGACGUUGCUUUGCUACAUGGUUGAGGGUGGCGGGAGCAAGAUGUUCAAGGAGAUCAAAACAUGGAUAUACAAGUAUCCGAAAGAGUCAAAAGCGUUGCUCCAGAAGAUUACGGACUGCUGCAUUGAAUAUUUGGCUUUACAGGUCCAGGCCGGUGCACAGAUGCUACAAGUCUUCGAUUCAUGGGCUGGCGAACUGUCUCCUUCUUCAUUCAAGGAGUUCUCAUUACCAUAUCUACGAGAAAUCGCCACCGGCACGCAAGCACGAUUAACGGAACUUGGACUUGAGAAGGUUCCCAUGGUCGUCUUUGCGAAAGGAGCAUGGUAUGCAUUAGAAGACCUGUGCAAUUCCGACUACGACGUUGUCAGCCUCGACUGGCUCCAUGAUCCAGCGGAAGCGUACAAGAUUGCACGCAGCAAAGGCAAGACGCUACAAGGAAACAUGGAUCCUGGUGCUCUUUACGGCGGAAAACCAUCGAUUGCCAAAGAGCUGGACCAUAUCGUGAGAGGAUUUGGUGGUGGGAAACAAGGAUGGAUUGCGAAUCUCGGACAUGGUAAUUGGUCUAUUCUCUAUUGUCUAGGCUUCGUUGCUAAUGAUAUAGGUGUCACUCCGUUUGUGGAUCCCGAAAAUUUGAGGUUCUUCUUCGAGGAGGUUAAGCGGCUGUCUUCGUCGUAG